AUGUCAUCUCUCUUCAAAUAUUCUGCGGUCCUGUGGACCAUCAAGGCGCGUGAGCGCUGUCAUAGAUUGAAGAGAGAGAAGAACAAGAUGUUCAAGUCUCAAAUGCACUUCAUGAUUCAGAACAUUGAGAAGACAGCUCUGCUCUCUGAGCAUGCUAAUCUGCUUGCUGCUGAGAUGGAAUCUGAGACAGCAGAUCAGGAAAUGCAGGAUUUUGAAGCACAGGUUGACCUGACUGAGAGAAAGCAGUGA